AUGGCCCGAUUCAAUGAUUCACGAUUUGAUUUACAGGGCGAGGUGGCCAGCAGCAGAUCAGUAACCGGCUCGAUGAGAAGCACCAGAAGAUGGGCCAGCCUGCGACAGCACGUGAGCAGCAACGACGGCGGGAAGCCGAGGGUCGAGCUGCUGCUCGAUCCCCCGGGAUCCAAGUCGUCCAUGCCAUCCUCUCAGCCGCACACGCCCAACACGCCUCGAACGCCUCACACACCGUUGAGGAAAUCCAACUGGGAAGUGAUUGAGCACUUCACCGGCGCGCCACGUCCUUCCAUCAUCACCAUGGGCAGAGGCUCGGAAGUCGGAGUGGGGCUGACAGGUGGAAAAGACACGAUGCAGGAAACGAACGCGAACGCGUCGAUAACCGAACCACCGAGGAAAUGCGCGCUUUGCCGAUUCUUGAAGUCCCUGUGCGCCUCCCAUCGUUUCAAAAACUUGCAGGUGAACGUAUUGUCGGCAGCGACCGGGGAGAGAAUGAAUAUGGAACUCACCACCCUCAGCUCUGAAUUUUCCACGCUUCGUCGUACGAAUACCUUUUUCACGGAGUUACGAAACAGUUCGAAUGUUUCAGCCGCAGCGAUUAAGGAAGCAGGAGGAUAUAUAUAA